AUGGGAACAAGAAAAAACGUCUUUAGUUUUAGUGAUGAUGAAGACGAGAACGAAAAGCUGAUCAACUCUGUCCAACCUUUGCCUAGUAAUGCAGUUGAACGCUCAGCUUUUACUGCUCAAGAAUUCGAUCCCGACACGUUCCUUUCGAGUAGACGCCAUCUGGGUCUUGAGCGCAUGAAGACAGAACUCAACACUCACUUGAAGUUACUCAAAUCUGAGCUUGUUGAACUUAUCAAUCGAGACUAUCAAGAUUUUAUCAACUUGUCGACAGAUCUGAAAGGCGUGGAUAGAGAAAUUAAUGACUUAAAGACUCCUCUAUCCAGCAUGGAAAGUCAGGUUCAACAAGUGCGAGAUCACUUUCAAAGUGUUAUUCAAUCUCUGGAGACAAAACUACAAACUCGAGCACAACUUCGCGAUAAAAAAGCUGUUCUCAAAUUGCUGUUGAAUAUCCAUGAAUCAGUUACCAAAGUUGAAGAUCUAUUAGGUAUCAAUACAGAUACUGUAAAACCAGUUUUAGGUCAGGAUGAAGCAGUGAUUGUAGACGACAGUCUUGGUAAACAAAUAGAGCGAGUAGCCAUUGAAUACAACCAAAUGCAACAUCUAGUGCGUCGAGGAAAACAUUUAGCUUUUGUGACAGAAAACGAAUGGCGAAUCACUCGGAUCAAAGACACACUCGAACAUAAAUUAUCAAAAGCACUUUCAGCAGCACUCAAUCAGAUUCGAUUGGGAGAAGUCACUAAAGCAACCAAACAAUCAUUAGUACAAUGUCUUAGAACGUAUGCGCUGAUUGACCAAGCAACUAUUGCUGAAAAAAUCAUUCGCGAGACAUUUGUGCGUCCUGCUCUAGCUAAAAUCAUUACACCCAAAGCAGUUGAAGGUGCACGUAAUUAUGGAUCUCCUACAUUGCAUGAUUAUCCUUUGACUACCAUGUAUCAGCGCAUUUUGACAUUUGCAUCUACAGACUUGCAACCCAUCUCAGACAUUGUUCAAAAGACCCUGAAGGGAUCAAACUAUGAUAUUCUAGUCAAUACACUGUGGUUAGAGACAACAGAGAAAAUCAAUAAGGAAUGCAAAAGUAUCUUUGCUGCUGGACAAACAGACAUUUUUCACAAGAACUAUUCAGCCACAAUAUCUUUUAUCUCCAGCCUAGAAGGCUUAUGUAGCUCUAAGCGAUCUUUAUUAUGUCUUCGUAAUCAUCCUAGUUAUACAGAGUUUUUGAAACGAUGGCAGCUACCUGUUUAUUUCCAGCUUCGAUUCCGAGAAAUUAUUAAAGAUGUUGAACAUGUAUUGGGUGAUGUCAAUCAAGGCUUGGUCAUGCAAAAAUCCACAGAUAAUGCUAUUUUAGCAGGCACUAAUGCCAUUCUGAAUGCUGUUGGGCAAUGCUGGUCAGAUCAAGUGUUUUUGUAUGGUCUAUCUCAUCGCUUUUGGAAAUUGACGCUACAGUUGAUCAAGCGAUACAAUGGAUGGGCAUUGGGAAUGAUUGAUUACUUGAACUCAGAAAAGACUAGUGCUACCAUUACUAAAACGGCAAGUGAAUCAACUGAGUUUCUUAUCAUUCUGAGGCAUGACAUUAAUAGUCUGACAAGCAAGAUUAAGGUCCAGACAAACAGCCUCAUUUUACCUAAACUACCUUCUAAUAUACAAGACUUGCCCUUGUUCAAAGAAAGCAUAGAAGACGCGUUGAGCUAUUUGGAGGAAGAUGUGGAGUCCAAAAUAACCACAAGUAUCACAAAUAGAAUUAGUCUAACGAAUGCAGAAAACUUAAAAUUGGUGAAAAGCAUGACGAACCAAUACCGACAUUCGAACAAGUCAGAACCUAAAGAACCGUCUUAUUUUAUACCAAAACUCUUCAAUCCAGUACAUGAGCUCAUACAAAUAUAUCGAAACACUGCCAACAAAGAAGUAGAUCCAUUGUGGAUCAAAUCUAUAGUAGACUUGAUUAUUCAAGAAUAUGCUGCUACAGUCAAUGACUUGUUGUCCAACUUGAACAAAUCAGAAGAAUCUCUUAAAAAGUCAAAGAAUACAAAAGGACAGCUGUCAGACGAAGAUAAGAUUCGGUUGCAGUUGUAUUUGGAUGUAGAGCAAGUCGGUGCCGAGCUUAAGAAUAUAAAGAUCGACACAGCAGACAUAGACAGUUAUCCUACUUUAUUACAAACAGUGAAACCAUAUAGUAAAAAAUAG